GCCAUGCACCGCUCCCUGCGCCUCGCCCAGCUCACCAAGGCCGCUGCCCGCCCGGCGCUCGCCCGCUCGUACGCGACCGCCAAGCCCGCGGCGUCCGAGGUGGCCUCCAUCCUCGAGUCGCGCAUCUCUGGCUCGACCGCCGGCGCGGAUGUCCAGGAGACCGGCCGUGUCCUCACCAUCGGUGACGGUAUUGCUCGUGUCUACGGCCUUCGCAACGUCCAGGCCGAGGAGAUGGUCGAGUUCUCGUCGGGCGUGCGCGGCAUGUGCCUGAACCUCGAGGCCGACAACGUCGGUGUCACCAUCUUCGGUAACGACCGCGCCAUCAAGGAGGGCGACACGGUCAAGCGCACCGGCUCGAUCGUCGACAUCCCCGUCGGCCCCGACAUGCUCGGCCGCGUCGUCGACGCGCUCGGCAACCCGAUCGACGGCAAGGGCCCCAUCAAGGCCGCCGAGCGUCGCCGUGCCCAGGUCAAGGCCCCGGGUGUCCUCCCGCGUGCCUCGGUCCGCGAGCCCAUGUUGACCGGCCUCAAGCCCGUCGACGCCAUGGUCCCCAUCGGCCGUGGCCAGCGUGAGCUCAUCAUCGGUGACCGCCAGACCGGCAAGACUGCCGUCGCCAUCGACACCAUCCUCAACCAGAAGCGCUGGAACGACGGCAACGACGAGAAGAAGAAGCUCUACUGCAUCUACGUCGCUGUCGGCCAGAAGCGCUCGACCGUCGCCCAGCUCGUGCAGACGCUCGAGGAGAACGACGCGCUCAAGUACUCGGUCAUCGUCGCCGCCACCGCCUCGGAGGCCGCGCCGCUCCAGUACCUCGCGCCGUUCGCCGGCACGGCCAUCGGCGAGUGGUUCCGCGACAACGGCAAGCACGCCCUCAUCAUCUACGACGACCUUUCCAAGCAGGCCGUCGCGUACCGCCAGAUGUCGCUCCUCCUCCGUCGCCCGCCCGGUCGCGAGGCCUACCCCGGCGACGUCUUCUACCUCCACUCGCGUCUCCUCGAGCGCUCGGCCAAGCUGUCGGACAAGCACGGCGGCGGCUCGCUCACGGCCCUCCCCGUCAUCGAGACCCAGGGUGGUGACGUCUCGGCCUACAUCCCGACCAACGUCAUCUCCAUCACCGACGGCCAGAUCUUCCUCGAGGCCGAGCUCUUCUUCAAGGGUGUCCGCCCGGCCAUCAACGUCGGUCUCUCGGUCUCGCGUGUCGGCUCGUCCGCCCAGACCAAGGUCAUGAAGGCUGUCGCCGGUUCGCUCAAGCUGUACCUCGCCCAGUACCGUGACGUUGCCGCGUUCGCCCAGUUCGGCUCGGACCUCGACGCGUCGACCCGCUUCCUCCUCAACCGUGGCUCGCGUCUCACCGAGCUCCUCAAGCAGGGCCAGUACCAGCCUCUCCCUAUCGAGAUCCAGGUUCCCAUCAUCUACGCCGGUGUCAACGGUCUCCUCGACCGCGUCCCCGUCGACCAGAUCGGCGCGUGGGAGAAGUCCUUCAAGGAGCACCUCACGUCGUCGCAGCAGGGCGUCCUUGCCGAGGUUGGCAAGGGAACCAUGACCAAGGAGCUCGAGGCCGACCUCAAGCGCAUCGUCACGGAGCACGUCUCGUCGUACGUCUCGGCGUAAAGCAGCCCGUUCAUCCGGGUACCUUAGACCGAGCAGGUGCGAGUCGUCGUCUCGAGGGAGGCGCUCGAGCCGGCGGCUAGGAGGUGGUUCUCUUUCUCGAGCUUGUCCGUAUGUGCCGAAGGAGGACGGCCGGAGCAAUCCAAAAUCGGU